AUGAGCUCGAUCCCUCCCAAGUCAGGCCUUCAACCUCAAGGACAGAGCACCUCGACUCAGGCCGCCUCCUCCGCACACACUUCCUCUCCUUCAGUGGGUGGGAAAUCUUCGCCUCAGGCGCCGGUUCCUACGCCCUCGUCUACCUCGACGACGGCUCCUCGUUCCUACGCCAACGCCACCAAGAAGUCCGCGACGGACUCGACCGCCGCUCCCGUCACCGUGGGCGGCCAGUCGCAACAUGGGAAGUCGACUACAGCAUCUCCUGUGAGCGGCAAACCCAUGCAGCAAUCCCAAACCCCCGGCGUCACCAUCGUCAAUGGCGCCCCGGCCCCGGCCUCCCAGGGCGACCACACUAGAAAGCCUUCCGUGACUAUCACUUCCGCUGGCACCUCGGGAUACAUCCCCAACGGUGGCCAAACCGGUCGUCCGAACAGUCUGCAGUUUGGCUUCGCCGCCAACCAGCAGUCAUCUCCCAACAUGGGCAAUCCCGCUGUCCUGGCUAACCAGCCUCAGUCCGGUCUCGGUGUUACUCCGCCCAUGAACCCUCGCGUGACUUCUCCCCAGACUUCGCCUUCUCCCAUCCCGCAGCCCGCCUCGAGCGGUGGCCGGCCACCGCCGUCGUCGUAUCAGUCUCAGGGCAACGUCCCGAACUUUGGCAGCUUCGGUGACUCUGGUGACAACAUGCGCCCGGCUCCUCAGGCACCCCUUGGUCCUGGCGCUCAGUCGACCCAUCUGCGUCGCGAAUCCUCCCAGUCGACCCACAGCGACAUGAGCAACCACAUGGGCGGCGGUCCCGGCGGUCGCGGCGGCUACCACCACCAGGGCGGUCGUGGACGUGGAUUCUCGCAGUCGAGCUACCAGGGACAGAUCCCCUACUCGCCUAACGCCAGCUUCCGUUCGACCCCCAAUCAACCCCGUGGUGGUCCCAACAUGGCCCCUCAGUUCCCUAACCAGCCGCGCCCGAUGCCCUUCCCCAACUCUCCUCACCAGGCGAGUCGCAGUCCCGCGCUGGCCAAUGCGCACCCGGCCACUCCUCAGAUGAACCAGGUCCCGAUGGCCCAUCCCCAGAUGGCGCCUCAGCCCUACUAUGGCCAACCCAUGCCCCCUCAACCUGGAUAUCCCACCUUCGACCCGAACUACGGCUUCUACCCUGGUUACAACGUGAGCGGUGUGCCAUACAUGCCCCCGUCGCCGCAGCCUCGCCCGGGCAUUCCUUACAACCCUCAGGCCCCGUACAUGCAGAACCAGUACCCGGUGCAGCCCGUCGCACAGGCCACAGCUCUGUCUCGUAGCCCGUCCCAUUCGAACGAUCGGCCCGGCUCGAGCUUGGGUCAAGGUCAGCCCCCGGCUGGCGCUCCUGGCCCCGCUCAUGCCCACAAUGCCAGCCGUUCCUCCAACAGCCCCGCCCCUCAAAAGUCCUCUUUCGUCAUCCCCACGGCCAAGAAGAAUGCCGUUGUCAUCAAGGAUCCUGGCAGUGGCGCCGUGAAGACCUUCGAGAAGGCCCCGGCCUCUCCGGCCCGUGUCACUCCUUCGCCUGUCAAGAUUGCCACCCCGACCUCGACUCCUCCCCCGCGUACCGGCAGCAGUGCCGACCACACUCGCACCGAUUCCAAGUCCACUAAGACGGAUGAGGAAAAGAAGAAGGAGCUGAGAGACGCGGUGCACCAGAAGAUCGAGCAGGACAGAAUCGAGAAGGAGGAGGCUGAGCGUCGCAAGGCGGAAGAAGAAGCGGCCCAGAAGAAGAAGGAGGAAGAGGAAGAGGCCUCGCGCAAGAAGGCCGAAGAGGAUGCGGCUCAAAAGAAGAAGGAAGAGGAGGAAGCUGCACAGAAGAAGGCUGCGGAUGAAGAAGCGGCUCGCAAGGGUCUUGAGGAUCUGAGCUUGAAGGACAAGCCCGCCGAGACCAAGGCUGAGGAGCCUUCCAAGCCUGCCCCUGCCCCUGCCCCUGCUGACGAUGACGAUAUCGACUACGAUGCCAUCGAACGCGAGAUGGCCGAGAUUGAGGCUAAGGAGCGUGCUGCUGAAGAGGCCUACUACGCCAAGAAGAAGGCUGAGAAGGAAGAGAAGGAGCGCAAGGAGAAGGAGGAGCUCGAGGCUUACGAGGCCAACAUGAAGAACGCUGAGCGUGAAGCCGAGGCCCUGGAAGAGGCUCGUGCUAAGAAGCGGGAAGAGGAGUCCAAGGACAAGGAUCUCUUUGCUUCUCUCAAGAAGGGUGGUUUCCCGGCUACCGAGGCCAGCACUCCUGGAGACAGCGGUGCCGCUACUCCCGCUUCUGACAUGUCAAUGGGACCUCCCGCGAAGCCCGCCAGUGCCAACAAGCGCGAGAAGCCGGCUGCCCUUAAGCUGGAGACCACCAAGGCCGUUGAGCCUCCUCAGCCUAGUGCAGCCAUGAAGGCUCUGCACUCUGCUCGGUUCGUCGAUGAUCUCAGCAAGAUUACUUAUCCUGAUUCUAUCGCCUCCCCGAACCCUGCGCUGAACGCAAGUGCCCCUGCCGAUCGCAAGUUCCACUACAACAAGGAGUUCUUGCUGCAGUUCCAGAGUGUCUUCAAGGAGAAGCCUUCCAUUGACUGGGAUGCGCGCGUGCGUGAGACCGUCGGUGAUAGUGAUUCCUCUCGCCCUCAGUCCGCCCGGACGCCCAUGAUGGGUGGCCGCAAUUCUUCGCGCCCUGGUGCCGCCCCCUUCCAGAUGGGCAACUUCGGCCAGGCCCCCAGCCGCUCCAACUUGCCUCCUGGUACCACUUCUGCCGAGCGCUUCGCUAUGUCGAACGCCGCACGCACUUCUUCCAUGGGCAACCCCUUCGGCAACUUCGGACGUCCCGGUCUCGGCAUUGGUGCUCCUGGUCUCAGCCGCACCAACUCUGCGAGCGCCAUGCACCCCGGUAUGCCCUCGUCUCCUCGUGUUGGCUCCAGCAACCGCUCCGGUACGCGGACUGGCAGCAAGCGUGAUAAGCAGAACGCCAAGAAGGAGGAGGAAAUGGCCAAGUCCAUGCCUCUUACUGCUGGAAUGGAAGUCAAGGCUCUGCAGGUGUCUUCUACUGGUUGGAAGCCUCGCAGCAUUGGCCAAGCCCCUGCUGCUGCUGCUGGGCCUACUCCUGCCGGCGCCGCUUACAUGCCUCCGGAUAUGGUGCAGCGCAAGGUCAAGGCUGCUCUGAACAAGAUGACUCCCGAGAACUUCGACCGUAUUUCCGGCCAACUCUUGGAAAUCGUCUCUCAGUCCAAGGACGAGACCGAUGGACGUACCCUGCGCCAGGUCAUCCAGCUUACCUUCGAGAAGGCUACCGACGAGGCUCACUGGGCUUCUAUCUAUGCGAAGUUCUGUAAGCGCAUGCUUGAGAGUAUGAGUGCUGAGAUCAAGGAUGAGAACAUCCAUGACAAGAAUGGCAACGUUGUCGCUGGUGGUAGCUUGUUCCGCAAGUACCUCCUCAACCGUUGUCAGGAGGAGUUCGAGCGUGGUUGGAAGGUCAACCUGCCCCCUAAGCCGGAGGGUGAGACCGAGGAGGCCGCCAUGAUGUCUGACGAAUACUACAAGGCUGCCGCCGCUAAGCGUCGUGGUCUGGGUCUCGUCAAGUUCAUUGGUGAGCUGUACAAGUUGGGUAUGUUGACGGAGCGUAUCAUGCACGAGUGUGUGAAGAAGCUUGUCGACUACGAAGGUAUGCCCGAUGAGGCCGAGGUUGAGAGUUUGACCAGUCUGCUGCGCACCAUUGGUGCCAGUCUCGAUGCCUCUGAGAAGGGCCACGCCUUCAUGAACGCCUACUUCCACCGUAUCGGUCUGAUGAUCCAGACUCCUGGCCUGCCCAGCCGUCUGCGCUUCAUGCUGAUGGAUAUCGUGGAUCUGCGUUCCGCUCGCUGGCAGUCCAAGGAUGCUGACAAGGGUCCCAAGACGAUCCAACAGAUCCGUGAAGAGGCUGCUCGUGCCCAACAGGAAGCCGAGAUGGAGCGUCUUCGCCAACAGGCCAACCGUGGUAGCCGCCCCGGCUUGGGUCGUGGCGAUGCCCGCAGUUACAGCGGAUAUGGUAACCAGGCUCCCCCGCAAGACUUCGCGUCUAGCAAGGUCGGCAGUGACGAUCUCCGCCGCCUUCGCACCUCUCGUCAAACCAACCAGCCGAUGUCUUUCGGCCCCUCCAGCAUGCUGGGCUCCCGCAGCAACAGCGGACGGAAGAAUCUGGGCCCUGGUGGCAACUUGGUUCGUGGCAGUGAUGACAGUGCUGCUAGCAGCCGCACGGGCACUCCUACCGGCAAGAAGGAAGACAAGGAGGCCGCGUCCUCGAUCAAUGCCUUCAGUGCUUUGGCAAGCUUGGAAGACCGUGACAACAUGGCCACUUCCCCUCCCUCCAACCCUACCUCCCCUCUGCUGACCAAGUCGCAACCCGCGGUCGAGCGCCGGCCUUCCAAGACCCCGUCCAAGGACGGUGAGGAGGCCUCAUAG